UUUUAUACCAAUCGUUAUUGACGACCAAAUAACCAGUCGACCUGUGACACUUAACAAACAUGGAAGAUUUCUGAACUAUUUUUACACAACUUUUAAACAAAUGAUUUAUCAUUAAUGUUUAAUCCGUUGCUAUAUCAGCACCAACGUCGUCGGCGCGGCUAAAAUCAAAACAGAAUUAUUCAAAUAUACAAAUAAAAUCUUAAAGAAAUUUCCCCCCGAAAAUCUUCGCCGCAAGAACUAAAUAGAACAAAAAAAUCACCACACAGUUCGCACUGUUUGAUGCCUUUUUUCUUUUUCCAUCAUCCAUCACAGUGCAAAUGUCAGAAUUUUUGUAGUAGUAAAGUGAAAAAGUAAACAAAAAAAGGAAAAAUAUAUAAAAAUAUAAUUCAAAGAGAAAGGCAAAAAGAAAAUAACACACAAAAGGUGUGAUAUUUUUAUUAAGAAAAUUAAAUUAAAUUUUUGUGCUGACAAAAAUAAUUCCAAAUCGACAUGGAUGAUGAAUUUGCUCUUUGCUGGAAUAACUUUCAAGAUAACAUUGCAAGUGGAUUCCAGAAUCUUUACGAUCGUGGUGAUUUAGUCGAUGUGACAUUGGCCUGCGAUGGCAGAUUGCUGCAUGCUCAUAAAAUUGUCUUGGCCAUUUGUAGUCCGUAUUUUCAGGAAAUCUUUAUUUCGAAUCCAUGCAAGCAUCCAAUAAUAAUUCUCAAAGAUGUGACACACGGAGUGAUGUGUGAAUUAUUGCAAUUUAUGUACCAAGGAGUGGUAAAUGUUAAACACACCGAAUUGCAAGCUUUUAUGAAAAUUGCACAGUUACUUCAAAUAAAAGGCCUAGCCAGUAGUGUUGCAGCUGCCCCCAAAUCUCCUAGUCAACAACAACUUCAAACCACUUCCAGUGCAACUGUUGCCCAAAAUACCUCAACUUCAUCGACAACAAGUGGUAGUGGUGGCGGCGCAACAAAUCAAAGUCACAAACAUAAUACAUCUGGACUAAAUACUUCUGAAAAUAAUAAUCUAAAUGAUGUAAAAAAUAAUAUCCCUGCGCCUUCUUCGUCCUCAUCAACAUCAUCGCCAUCACCGAUGCCCUUUUCGCAUAUCAAAAGCCCGCCAGAAAAUUUAAAUCCCUUCCAAACGGGACCUGGACUCAAACGCCUUCCUGAAUAUAGUACAGAAUCACUAUCGAUUUACUCGAGAAAACAAUAUCGACGAAACACUGAUAGCAGCGAUCAUGAUAUGUGCCCUGACUCAAUGGAUCAUGUCAAUCCGGAAGACAAUUUUCUGCCAACAAUACCACAUAUAUCGAUGGCAGAACGUUUCGAUCCAAAUAGUGUUAAACGAGAGAACAACGAUCAUACGGCGAGUCCUUUGGGAUUAAGGAAUUCUUUGCCUCCACAUUUUGGAUUUGAUUAUAAUAUUUACAAGAAUAAUCCCGAUUAUCCCAGUGACUUGCAUCUACCCAAUGAUUACUCGAAAGGCUUUGGUAACCACAUGGACAUUCCUCCAAGCGGCGGCAAUGUUACAAUGCUAUCGUCUACCUCAUUGCUGCAUGCGAACUGUGUCUUUAAUCGCAACAACACUGUGGCCACUCAGCAAGGAAUGAAAACUUACUGGCUUUGUAAGUCCUAUCGCAUUAGCAUGUGCCGGGCCAGAUGCAUCACCCACCAGGGACGUGUGAUAUCCGCCACUGGCGUUCACAAUCAUCCGCCACAUAUGCGCAACGUAGCUGGUGGCCUGGAAAUGAUGCCACCACAACAAAACAAUUCAAGUCUAAUGGUUCCAAAUAGUUCUGCAAAUCUAAUGCAGAUCCCAACAUCGAAUGCAAAUCUAAAUAACGCUCUGUCCAAUAUCCGCCUGCCCCAAAGCGCCACUAAUCUCUCCCAACAUAAUUUGUCAGUCAUGAAUCACCAACAACAGCAGCAACAACAACAACAGCAACAACAACCGCCACAGCCAACACAGCCACAUCAUCAUCAUCUGUCGUCGCAGGGAAUCCCUUCAAAUCCGCCACACCACCAAAUGCAUCAAAAUGCACCUAGUCACCAUCACCAUCAAACGCAACAUGUAUCACCGCACAGUCAGAGUUCGGUUAUACAAAACAUGAUGCAUAAUGUGAAUCUCAUGCAUUUGUCCAAUAUGGCUCCAAUGUUGAAUACGCUGCCAACGCAGCAUUCGCCUCAAAUGAAUUCAAUGCAACAGCAGCAAACGCACCAUCAUCAAUCUUCUCAUCACCAAAUACCACAGCCACCUUCGAGUCUGGAAAUCACACCGAUUCUAACUGACAGUCCCUGCGUGAAUAGCCCUUCGAAUCGCAGCAGCAAUCCGUCCCAAAUAGAGAACAUAGAUUCACCCAUGCACUCUUCGGCUGGUCCCAGUGGGGGUGGGUCCGGUGGUGGUGGUGUGGCCUUAGAAUCGCCUUCCCAGGCAAGUGACGGCAACGGCUCGUCGCAUGUUCCCGAUGCAACAGCUUCGCUUGUUCCUAAUUCGGCAGUCUCACCGGAUGACAUUAGCAACAAUUGCCAGGACUCUCACAACUCUUCUCAGCACUCGCACAUAAUAAGUUCCAUAACAAUAUCGCCAGGCAGUGCGCAUAAUUUCAAAAUUGAAAACAUGUAACCAGAGUUCAAUGAUGAUGUCUCUGAUUUGUCGUUUGAUAUUCAACAAUUUGGCUCAGCCAAUGGUUUGAAACUCAUUUGAUACCAACUACAUAGUGCAAUAUUAUCUAAAUUGAUUUAAAAUUUUAUUUUUUUGUAAAAAACUACAAGAAGCCAAAAUUCUCAAAGACACAUUUUUUAUCUUCAUGCUUUUCCCUAUGUUAUCCAAUGGUAUCAUCUAUGAAUCAUAUGGUUUCAUGCAUUUGUACAAAAAUGGUUUUGUCUGUUUGGCCAAUUGGAUUCAUUGGUUUUAUAGCAGAUAAUAAUCUAAAGGCAGUGCGAUAAAGCUAGAGCUUAACAAAUUGGCUAAAUUACGAUAUUUUAUCAAAAAAAAGUUCUUAUACAAGCAAGCUAGUUUCUGUUCAUACAUAAUAUCGCCUGCACUCGAUGAAUUAUUUAUUACCUUGCUAUGACAUCCGAUUAGCUUAACGCUGAGUUUUGUGAUUAAAUGAAAUCGCAAACGUUAAUCCUGUUUAUUAGACUUUUCAUACUUUUUUUUUAUUUUUUUGAGAAAAUAGAUAAAAAUUUAUAUCUACAAUUGGCUUUGA